UCAUGAAGUCAUUACAGUUUAGCAGACGUCUUUAACCUUUCGUUUAAAGCUGGUGGAAAACAUCUGAGAAGACAGGUAGAAAAGGAAACAAAAUUUGCAAACUUUGAACAGAAUCUCAUCAUGCCUUUUGCGUUGAAGACCAGCCCUUUGCUUUGGACACGGUUGGUUGCCCUGGCCUUCACCUGCGUAGCUUUCUCUAUGGCCGCUCUUGGAGGCAGAUUCAUUGACCACACCGGAGCCUUUUGUAUCUUCUGCUGGGCUUUUAGCUUUGGCGGGACUCUCCUAGUCAUUCUGGUUGAGCUUUUCAACCCACUGACCAGAGCUCCUCUCUCCUGGAAGAACUUCCACAUCACCUUUGCAUGCUACUCUUUCCUCCUCUGCAUGUCGGCCUCCUUCAUCUUUCCUAUUUACUUCCUUAAGGACUCCAUUGUUGUUUUUGCUCCGAGCCAGCUCCGUGACCUCCGCAUCGUGUCCAGCAUUUCCUCCUGUGUUGCCACUUUGGCCUACAUGAAUGAGGUCAGACUCACCAAGGCUUACCAAGGUGAGGUUACUGGCUACAUGACUACCUGUCCAGGCCUGCUGAAAGUCUUGGAGACCUUUGUGGCCUGCAUCCUCUUUGUCUUCAUCAAUGACCCGGUGUCAUAUGACCAGCAUCAUUCAGUCAAGUACUGUAUGUCUGUUUAUUGCAUCUGCUUCAUCCUGUCUGCCUUCAUCAUUCUGCUCUGCAUUGGGGAGUGCACUUACCUCCUCCCCUUCCCAUUCCCUCGUUUCCUGUUCACCCAUGCUUUGUUGGCUGUCUUCCUCUAUCUGUCAGCGGCGAUGAUCUGGGUGAUCUUCAACUUUGUCCCCAGGUACGGUGGUCACACUGAGCGGCCGCACAACUGCUGGUCCUCUGAGGGCUUGUGCAGUUGGGAUAAAGACAUGUUGAUAGCCGUGCUGACCGGCAUUAACUUUAUCCUCUACCUGAUUGAUCUCAUCUACUCCAUCCCUCUGGUCCUUGUCAGCACAUGACUUUAGGAAAAGGAAGUUAGGCUGACAGUGUGUUUAAAGGGAAAUUUAAGUUGUAAAAUUUAAGAAGAAGUGACGUAAAAUCACUUUUUAGUCAAUAAACAGAAAUCUAAUGCUUAAAAAGUUUUUUAAAGCUUUUUAUUCAGGUUUACAUUUUGUUCUCCUGUUACAUUUCUAUAGU